AUGACCUGCUCCAAGUUCAAUGGAUCAGGAUCACCUGGAUACCACUAUACCCUGGCUACCAGCAUCUCCCUGAUGCCAGCAUCCCCCAGGUACCAGCAUCACCUGGAUACGGGUAUCCCCCUGGGCAUCAUCAUCCCCUUCCCAGGAAGCAGACCCAGUUCCCGUGCCACCAUUUGCAGUGACCAGCGGAGGGCGUUCCGAGACCGGGUAACGGGCACCAGCAGAGGCCCGGAGUCCUCAGGCGACGCCGCCGCCGCCGGUCGAGCCCUUUACGGGAGCUCCGAGCUCGUGUUCCCGGAGGCCGUGGGGCACCCGGCUCUGCCCGUCGGGCCCCACCAGCUCGGGGGUGGGUCGGGGUUACCUCACCCCCAUUCUUUUUUCGGGCCUCAACACCGCGACCCUCUCAACUUCUACCCCUGGGUGCUGAGGAACCGCUUCUUCGGGCAUCGCUUCCAAGGGAGCGAGGUGUCCCAGGAGAGCCUGCUCCUCCACGGCCCCUUCGCCCGCAAGCCCAAGCGCAUCCGCACAGCGUUCUCGCCCUCGCAGCUCCUGCGCCUGGAACGGGCCUUUGAGAAGAACCACUACGUGGUGGGCGCCGAGCGCAAGCAGCUGGCCAGCAGCCUCAGCCUCUCCGAGACCCAGGUGAAAGUCUGGUUCCAGAACAGGAGGACGAAAUACAAACGGCAGAAGCUGGAGGAGGAAGGCCCCGACUCGGACCAGAAGAAGAAAGGCUCCCACCACAUCAACCGAUGGCGCCUGGCCACCAAGCAGUCCAGCGGGGAGGACAUCGACGUCACCUCCAACGACUAA